AUGGCUGACGCCCUUCUCGCAGAGGUCGAGCUACUCGCUCAUCCCGUCCGCCACGCCACGCUCGCCAGGUUUGCCCUUGCCAAUGACGUCAAGGAUAUUAUCGCCGACCUCGAAUCCCGCGGGCGCUGGUACGAGCAAGUCGUCGCGGCCACCCUGGCCAACGUGUCGGGCGACACCACUUGGGCAGCGGCUCACCUCACCAACCUCUGCAACCCGGUUCGGUGCAAGGCUCUCAAGCUGGCCCCUCGUCUCAGCGACGCUGUGAUCAAAGAUGCUCUCAAUAACGCCCCCAAGACUAUUCGCUACGUCCUCUACCGCCAGCUCAAGGCCCGCCCGGCAUUGGCAGACCAGCUUAUCGAGGCAGUCCGAGCGGAAUGGGGCGAGGACGAGGCAACUCACGUCCUUCUGUGGUGUUCGGAGCCGAUUAUCCAUCACACCCUUCCUUCCCUCCUCCGCAUCUUUGCCCGGGCGGGCGCAUGGGGUCAUCUCGCCAAGAGGCACCCGAAUGUCCUCCAGCAGAUCCUCAUCAUGGAUCUCAAGCAAACCGUUGAGGUCGGUAUGGCCGCAAUAAACUGGUGGGAACAAUACAGUCAGGCGUUUGUGGCACUCCUUAAGCACUCCACCACAGCCAAGGUGACCCUUCACGUCAUUGAGGAUAACCAGCUCCCAUCCGACUUGAUCCACUCGCAUCUCCACAUCUUCUUCCGUCAGGAGCCUGAGGGCACUCUCUCUUACCUCCUCAAGCAUAACCUUGCGGACUACGUGAUCAAAUCUCCGCGCACAUGCCGCCGCAUCGUUCGCUCUGGGCUCCCACAGAUCCAGGAGCUGACCAAAGCGAUUGGUGCAUACAAUGCGCUCUGGAUGAUCCGACCCUACCUCAAGUGCUUCCCACCUUUCCAGCGGGUCAAGAACUUUGAGCUGGCUUACGGAGGCCGCAGGCCGUGCGAGUUGUUACAGGAGGGGAUCUGGGAGAAAGUCGAUUUCCUUCCAAAGGCGUACUCACUGAAAACGUUCGGGAAGUACUUCCCAAACUGCGGGGCGACGAGCACAGAGAGACUCCACUUCCCGCUCGAGUAUCUUGAUCAGGAAGAGGUGGAGGGCGAGUCCCUCAAGGGUCUCAACGUUCCCGACUCCUGCGAUCGAGGAACCGCCUGGGAGGGAUACAUUGCCAAUGCCGAGUUCAACGGUUCUCAGGCUCUCGUCAAGGUCACUGGAGAGGCUGCGCGGCGGCUGCGCAACGACCAGAAACGAGUCCGGUUGAAAGCGAUUCACGCCUUCCUCAAAGUUCCUGCUCUCCUUUGGAACACAACAUGUCUCGGACACCUCACGACCAUCUUGCAGGCCGAAAUCGAGGCGCCCGACACAGGUGAGGAAUGGAGGCUGUUCAAAUUAAUUGCUGCCAACGUCCUGGGCGCCCACAUUGACUCAGCGGCCCACGUUUCAUGGGUGCGGAAGACUUUCGACACGCUAAUCGAGCAUGGCGGCACGGCCGAAGGGCCUGAUUCGUCUGCUCUUGUCGGAGACCAGGUGGUGAAGAUCUGGAACUUCUACAAGCCGUACAUGGCCAAGGAAGCUGCUUACGACACCUACUCUAUCCUCUUUCAGUUCGUUAUGGCGCUCGACCAUCGCGCGGACAACAUGCCUGAGCUGCAGGAGGCUAUUUGGAAGGUUAUCACCAACAAAUGCGGUUCAGACUUCGAACUCGAAACCGCCAUCAGGUGUUGGCUUGGGAACAAAUCCCUUCGCUGGACCCGCGUGGCAGACUUGCUGACCUUCGACCCGAGCACCGUCAACCUGCCCAUCACGGCCGCCCAUCUUUCCCAGCUUCAGAAAACCAUCUUAGACCCGGAUACGACAGGGCGGAAGAAGAAAAUUUCCAUUAAGAGACUCAAAGACGCUCCUGGGGGUCUGGAACUCGCACGUGCUCUCGCCACAGACGAGACCAACGGAAUUUUCGUUGUCGAGAAGUGCUUCAGCGUUUUGUCCACCUCGCCAGCUGACCUGGGUUUCCUAUACUCCUUCGCUGGGAGCAAUUUUGCUCACACCGCCCAGUUUGUGGCCGCUGGUGCCGCUCACCGCGAGAGGCCGUCGGUCCUGGAGCCGUACCUCGCCAAUCUCCUCACCCGCAAGGACGUCAAGGUUACUUCCAAGACGGAGGCUGUGCGCCAGGUUCUCCUCCAUCUGCCUCUCAAUACUUCAAUCCCCCUCCUCGUCAAAUUAUCGGCCAACUUUGACCUGCACCGCGAUGUUCGGAUCGCUUGCGUCACCGCGGCUGUACGUACGCUCUCUGUCGACGCCGCCUGGGACGCGAUUCGCAACUCGCUCGCUACAGGUGAUCCCUUUGUUAAGAUAGUGCUGUGCAAAGUCUCUCCACUCGACCUUGCCGUCGAGCACCGCCGUCGCUACGCCCCCUUCGUCAUCUUACUUGCGCAAGACGAGGAUGUCGACGUCAGGCGCGCGGCUGUCGAAUCCCUCGCCAAAUGGGCUGUCUACAGUCCGGAUGCAGGUACCCUUCUCGUCGCCAUGCUCACCGACAUGACGGCCUUCGGUCGCGUGUGGGAGAAGGCUGCUGACUCGCUUGUCGAGUGGGGAGACCGGCAGAGCCUACUCUCGGCCCUCUCCACACUCAUCGUCUACCCUGAUCAUCGUCAUCACAGGAAGACGGAAGACAUGCCGGCGGUGCGGCGCAUCGAGACAAUCAUGGACAGGCUCCGGAACAAGCUCAGCGACAAGUGGUACCACCCCACCAUCAAUGCUGUCCUGGACUUCCUCGCGGGACACUCGGACUAUAUUCCGCACGCGGCUCGUCUUCGGAUGAAAAUGUUUGAAUUCGACAACCCCGUUCAGUUGCUCAAGGACCUGCGCGACCUGGCCCGCCUCCUUUCUAACCGUUCUCUUCUCGCGUACCAGAUGUACAGGCGGAUCAUCAUCGAGGGUCACAAACGCACCGAGUGGCCUAGCGGCAUGAGCGAGGUCGCACGCGAGCUCGUCAACGACAGCGGUGCGAAUGCCAGUCUCUUCGCGCUCGCCCUCAUCGACUGUAACCGCCAGCAGGGUAGGGAGGGAUGGACCGACGAGUGGCUCAAGAUGCUGUGGGAGCUCCGCCGCCAUGGCAACGCGGACGUGCGCGACGAGGCGCGCAGCAUGCGUGUGGACUGA